AUGACUUACCCAAUCUCCCACAGCUACCACUUCCUCAAACUCCAAGUCCAACCGAAACCCCUCUCAUACGAAGGACCGCCCUUCCCAUCCCUCUACUGGCCCUUCCCCGUCAACGGACCCCAGUGCACGUAUCUCUACGAUGCCGAGCCCAUGUGGCGCUUCACGCUCUACUGGACGCUCAUCAUGGUCGGCGGCGUGCAUCUGGUCGCGUCGGCGUAUGCCUGUGCGGUGCAGUGGCGGAACUGGAAGUUGAUUUGGAUCGCGCCAGUGGGGUAUGCGGUGCUGGGCACCGUGGAGGCGUUGAUUGCGGGGAAUGUUGUGGGUGGGCUGGCCGGCGCUGUGUAUACGGGAGGGUUCUUUCGCAUGUCUACGUGGAUUCCGUUCACAUGGGGCAUCAUCAAUGCACUAGUGCUGAUAUUAUCGUCUUUUGCAAUACAAGGUGGACUGUGA